UUCCCGCAUUCACAUCACUUCCGGCUUAUCUGCCAACCCAAGGCUCAAGGUUCAGGCCUGAGGAUGCUGAGCAGCAGAGGAACUCAACAGAGCCGUUCAUUCAUGACAUCAGAUUUAGGAUGGGCUCGAGACUAGCUGUUUGCAAAUUGCGACUGACUGAAGAGGAGGAUGGCGAGGAAGAGCGGUUAUAAAGAUGUGUCCGGAGUGGUGUUCGACACGCACUCGAAAAUGGUCAUGUCUCAAGGAGGAUCGUUCGAGAAGAUGAAGGAAAAGAUAAACGCCGUGCGAGCCGUGGUUCCCAACAAGAGCAAUAAUGAGAUCGCUCUGGUGCUGCAGCACUUCGAGAACAGCGUGGAUCGAGCGGUGCAGGCGUUUGUGGAAGGCGGGGCUGUGGAGAUCCUGAAGGAGUGGAAUGUCACUGGGAAAAAGAAGCCCAAGAAGAAAAAGAAGCCGAAAGCACAAACAGACAUUCCCACAGACUCUACUCCUGCUGAAUCGACUCCAGACGCUGAGUGUCAGGAAGCUGUUAAUGGUUUCCAUGCCAACGGUUCAGCAGCGGCUGAUGGUGAUUCGCUGGAUUCUCUGAGCGAGCAGCUGGACUCCGCCUCCCUGGACGCCGCGGAGCUCGACUUAGAAACUGCUGCCCCUGAGGUUUCAGAGGCCACAGGUGGAGGCGUGGCAUCCACAUCAAGCCCCGCCCCUCAGCCCAGCACCAAUAACGGAGAGCGACAGAACCAUCACAGAACCAGUAACAAGUCUCAAGCCAAGCCUGUUUCCAGCUCCCAUAAUCCCUCUGUGCCCGUUCUGUCCAGCGACACACAGCGAGGUCCUGCCGGCAGAAAGAUGGGGCCUAACGUUGAUCGCUCCGUGAAGGACCUGCAGCGAUGUGCAGCGUCACUGUCCCGCUAUAGAGUCGUGGUGAGAGACGAGAUGGACUCCUCUAUCAAGAGCAUGAAGCAGACGUUUGCUGAGCUGCAAAGCUGUCUCAUGGAUCGAGAGGUGACGCUGCUCACUGAGAUGGACAAAGUCAAAGCCGAAGCCAUGGCGAUUCUGGAUGGCCGUCAGAAAAGAGCAGAGGAGCUGAGGAGACUGGCUGACAAAUCAGCAUCACUGACAGAGGAGCAGCUCGCUGAACUACGGGCUGACAUCAAGCACUUUGUCAGUGAGCGCAAGUAUGACGAGGAUCUUGGUAAAGCUGUGAAAUUCUCCCAUGAACUGGAGCCUCUGAAGUGCAGCAUCAUGUCAUUUGGAUCAGUGUAUCAUCCUCAGACGGGCUACUCCAGCCGUUCUCGUUGUAGCUCCACCUCUUCCUCGGUCACAGGCUCCACCCCUGCCAAAGCCCCGCCUCCCUCUGAGCUCCAGCAUCCUCAGGCCUCUGCUUACACGGGCCGUCCCAGCGUGCCACACAAACAGAUUUUCCAGGGCAACCGGCGCAUCAUUCACGGUUACCAGGGCAAUCAGCGAUAUAACGGAAACACGCAUGCCGAGCGAAACCCCAGCCGAAGCAGCUACCGCUAUCAGGGAGAGCGCGGUCACCAGAGCGACCUCAACUCUCAGCCGACCAAUAGCGCGAGAGGCUCCUCCCACUCCUCAGGCUAUCGCUCAGAUCGACCCGCCCACAACGGGCUUCCACAGAGGCAGCCGCGGACGCACGGCCCGUGAUGCCCCACACGCACACACACACACACACACACACAGGU